UGAAAAAUUCUUUAAAUAUCGAUAUUGGAUAUUCAAGCGAUCGAUAAUAAAACAAAGCGUCGAUCCGUCGACUGCUUUUAUUUGAAAAGGAUAACAAACGUUUUCUUUUUUUGAGAAGCAAGUAAUUAAAAAUGGAAGUCAAAAGAGAAGUUGAUGACUCACAGAAAGUUGAAAAUGAGCAGAGCAAUCUUGACGAAGAUUGUGAGAGAAAUCUACCGGCCUGGAUGUUGACAUCUGACGAAACUCUCACCCAGAACGAAGAGAGUGCAAGAAGUCCGCCUCCAGCCGAAGUUAAAGAGGAAACUACUGAAACAGCAGCAGCAACUUCGGCUGAUGGAAUGUCAGAAAAUAAGCGAAUUCCUUGCAAAUAUGGAGACAGCUGUUACAGAAGAAACCCUGCUCAUAAAGAAGAAUUCAGUCAUCCCGGGGAUGAUGACUACAGGGUUUUUCAAGAAGGUGAAGAGGGUGAAGAAGGUCCUCAAAAUGAUGACAAUAAGCCAGAAUGUCAAUAUGGAACUUCCUGCUAUCGUCAAAACCCACAACACAAAAGAGACUUCAAGCACACACAGCCACCACGUGUGGACACACCAGAGGAUUCACCACAAAAGAAGAAAACCCGGAGACCAGCAAAAAGACCCAGACCCACAGAUUCAGACUAUGAAUCGGAAGGUGAUAAAGACUACGAUCUCGAAGACUCUUUUAUCGACGACACUGAAGAUGAGGAAGAAAAUGCAGAAGAAGAAGAAGAUGAAGAUUACGUAGGCCUACCUGAUGUUAACGAUCAAGUCGAUCCAGAGCUUUUGAAAGAGGAUCAAUGGGAAGCUUCACCCGAAGAUGCCCCAGAAGUUUUGGAGCUUUUGAAGGAAGCCCGUGACUAUUUGAGAAACAAAAAUUUGCAAAAAUAAGUUCACGUACAAAUGCUUUUUUAAUUUCAUAUUUUUAUAUACAUAAUGUUUCUAAAAUGUCAUAAUCCAGAACCCUCGUAUUCAUUCGUAACUGAAAUUGUUCUAAUGAUGUGCCUAUCAAAAAAUUUUACUGGAAUAAUAAAGAUUUGACCUAACAUUUUAUUUAUUUCGAAAUAGAAGUUUACUAUUUAUAAUUUUAAGAAAUUUUUCCAGCCAUUUCAAAGAGCUAGAGCUCUUCAAUAAAAAUUGGCAAUGCUUCAAUCAGAGAGCAAUUACGUAAAUUUAAUCAUGUGAUGUUAGGUUGUUAUUAGAGAAUCGUUAAUGAUUUUUCUCGCAAUCUUAAAUGUAAAUGAUGAAUUUACUGAAUCGAUCACAGCACAUAAAGAAAGGCAUCGAUUUCCAUGCACUAUUAAUUCUGAAAGGCAGGCAAAAUUGCUUCGUCAUCGCAAGUUUAAUCAAGGAAGCCAGCCACGGCUUCCCUCAAUUUUGGCGGCAAAUAACCCCUAUGACCUGCACUGAACAAUGGGCAAUAAUGAAGGGUGUGAGAAGAUGAUCCCUCCUCUCUUGUGCAAAAAGGAGGGGAUGAGGGGUGGUGCAAUCGGCCAUUAAAUUAAUCAGUCAAGUGGCAAACUGCUGACUUUCAAGUAAAACUGCUCUGCUGCUGCUGCUGGCGAAUUUACAUCUGAAAGAUUGCUCAUCCGUGAUUUUAAAACUUGGAUCUCGUGGUUCUGUUAGUUGAAAUUCUCGCAAAAAUGAAUAAAAAUUCUCAACAAAGAUCUCCUCAACGAAGAUUAUCUUACGAAGUUGUAAAUUGGCUAAAACAACUGUAUGCGAUCAACCCGUAUCCCGAUCGAUUUCAGAUAGGCGCUAUGGCUCUUCACUGCAAGACUGAAUCAUCGCGUGUUCAAAACUGGUUUAGCAACCGACGAACUAGCGAUAGUCGUAGAGGCAUCCUUUGUCGCCAAUGUCGAUAUUUCAAAUCUCCAUUGGUUUCAGAAGAACUACAUCGUCUUUAUCCAUUCUCUCGUCAUUGUGUCAUCAUGUUGUCGAUGCCACAAUUUUAUUUCCCUCAAAAUUUGGGUAACGUGACUGGAUUGCCGAUGACGACAGAUCCUCCAAGACCCCCAACUGCCGAAGUGGAUUAUAAUGGAAACAACAAUCCUCAAAUUGGAUCAAAACAUUCCAUUCAAGAUCCCUUCCCUGUUCAGCCAUCUGAAAAUCCGUUUCAAACUUCGAAUUAUCAUUCGCAAAUACCCUACAACCAGAUUACAGAUUCAUGCCAGCAGCAACUGCCACAACUGGAACCGAUAUCGCAUCAGCAACAUGCAAGCCCAAAGGGACAGAAUUUCCGCCAGAGGGACGAACACACGGAGUUAGACAAUGCCUGUGAAUUUGCUAUAAACGAGAUUGUAUCUUAUUCUAGCAAUGCGACAUAUGACGGCCGUCAAACUUGUCCUCCCUGGGCUUGGAGCCAAAGUACCUCAAUAGCUUCACAUAACUGGAUGCAAAAUAGUGCAGCAGCAACUCUUGCUCCUAUAAAGUUGGAAGGACAAGAGUUUCCGCAGCAACAUUGUCCAGAAUUGAACAUUGAGAUCUACGGCGAAGAUUAUUCUGGAAUUGUAUACCCAGACUAUAUGGACUUUCCCAAUUUUUCCCUUCCGGUGAGCAAUGUUAAUUUGCAAACCUUUUAAAACUUUUGCUUAAUAUUUUUUACUCAGUUCGUUUAUGCAAGUUUUGAAGUAAUUUUAAAAACUUCGUUCUCGUUUGUUUUGCAAGUGCCUUUUAAACUUUAAACCAGAAAAAUGUUUGUGUCCUUGCCGAAAUACUUUAAUUUCUUAAAACCGUUUCUUUAACAUACCAAAUACAUGGUUGUGUACGUUCA